AUGGACACAAGAUCUCUUCCAUUUAAUAUUAUGGAUCUUCGAGAUGAGGCAUUUUAUGAUUUUAUUCGUCAGUUUGCAGGAAGAAAAGUGGCGGAACUGAUGUCUUUUCAAGAGUGCAAUAGUGUUGACUCAUUUCUAGGGUGCAACGAUAUAUUUGCUAUUCUUCAUCUCGAUUCUGAUGAAAUAUUUAAUCUUAAAAAAAGCAUCUGUAUCACAUUGAAUGAUGGCUCGAUUUAUCUUCUACCAGGUGUUGAAGCGUCUGUUAACAAUCUUACUAAAUUAUUUAAAAAGAAACGAGAAGAACUUCUUAAACAAUCUCAACGACGUCAAUCCAUUACUAUUGCUUCAGUUUCAUCUGUUCCCAACAUUAUGUCAACUAAUUUAGCAACACCACCUGUAAUUGUGGAUAAUUAUUCCAUUAACUCAUCCACAUCUAAUAUUUCGUCUGAUCUGAACCAAGGUAUUUCACCAGCAAUGACUCAUCUUCUUACAUAUGAAAUUAAAAGUCGUAUUGUAAAUACAGUUAUCGAAUGGCUUAAACAAAAUAGUGAAAAAUUAUCUUUGGUAAAUAUGAAUUUUCAAGAAGAUAUUGAUUUCAAAGUCGAAUUGAACAAUUCUCAAGAUGGUAUUAUUAUUCGAUGUAAAUGUGGCACAAAACAUGCCAUCGGUCAAGGGCGAGGAGUUCUUGUAUUCUCCAACAUUUAUCGACAUUUUAAAUCACAAAAAUGUUCGAUGAUAAUUGAAAAACAACGUCGAUCCGAAAGCCACAAUACACAUACAACUGAAGUAAAUGAGAAUUGUUCGACGUCAAUGAUCACAACAAACUCAAACUUAUCCAUGUCAACAUCAUCAACUCAAAAGGAACUUAAUUCUGUUGAUCCUCCAUUACACAGCAGCAAACGUCGUACUGAUUUAUCUUCUAAUACUUCGAAGUCAAAGAGAAAACGACGUAAUUAA